CACUCUAUUUAAAUUCACCCAGCCGUCCCUGCCGGCAUCUUCUGCCGGCGUCCGACAACUUGUUUUAGCCCGAACAACAACAAUAACAACAAAAAACGCCGGAUACGGUUGUUCUUUCCAAAACUAACGCAUACGGGCUUGUAUUUCCUCCCGCAUCAUGUCCGCAGAGAUGAGGCGUAGCAGCUCAUUUGCGGUCCCGAUUAAGAACAUCGAGAGGGAGCUGAUCUGCCCGAUCUGUAAGGAGCUCUUCACCCAUCCGCUGAUCCUGCCUUGCCAGCACAGCGUCUGCCACAAGUGUGUCAGAGAGCUGCUGAUGCUGAACCAUGAGGACUCUUUUGACGCCGGCUCGGAGUGCUCCAUGCCGGGCAGCCCCAGGUCCAGGGUGCCCUCCCCCUCCAUGGAGAGGCUGGACAGGCUUGUGCGAUCAGGUGGGUCUCGGGGCUCCAUCUCGUCCCCGGGGUGGCGCAGAGGGUCUGUGACUCCUAGGAUCACCACCAUCCCAUGCCCCGGCUGCCAGCAUGACAUCGACCUCGGUGAGCGCGGCAUCAGCAUGUUGUUUCGUAACUUCACCCUGGAGAACAUCGUGGAGCGCUACCGCCAGGCUGCGCGUGCGGCCGUCGCAAUCAUGUGUAACAUCUGUAAGCCUCCACAACAGCAGGAGGCUACAAAGAGCUGUAUGGACUGCAAGGCUAGCUACUGCAAUGAGUGCUUCAAGCUGCACCACCCCUGGGGCACACCCAAAGCUCAGCAUGAGUAUGUUGGGCCCACCACAAAUUUUAGGCCCAAGGUGCUCAUGUGUCCAGAGCACGAGAUGGAGAAAGUGAACAUGUACUGUGAGGUCUGCAGACGACCAGUGUGUCACUUGUGCAAGCUGGGAGGAUCCCACGCCAACCACAAGGUCACCUCCAUGAGCAGUGCCUACAAGAUCCUCAAGGAGAAGCUGGCCAAGAGUAUCCAUUACCUCAUCAGCAAAGAGGACCAGGUCAGGACUCAGAUUACCGAGCUUGAUCUGCUCAUCAAUAAGACUGAGGAAAAUGGCCAGCUAGCAGAGCGUCAGGCCAAUGAGCACUUUGAGCGUCUGUUUGAGACUCUGCAGGAGAGGAAGUCGGAGAUGCUGAGGUCCAUCGAACAGUCUCGAAACAGACGCCUGGACCAUCUCAAGGCCCAGGUGGAGGAGUACCAGGGCAUGCUGGAGAACAGUGGCCUGGUGGGUUAUGCUCAGGAGGUGCUCAAAGAGACGGAUCAGUCCUGCUUUGUACAGACUGCAAAGCAGCUACACAUCAGGAUCCAGAAGGCCACAGAGUCUCUGAGGACCUUCCACCCUUCAGCUGACCCCUGCUUUGAUGAGUUUGUGCUGGACACGUCCAGAGAAGAAACCCUGCUCAAAGAGAUGUGCUUUGGUGGAGUUCCAGACCCUCCUCUGAUUGACUUGUCCAAUAGCAAAGUCUAUAAUGAGGCCUCAAUCUGCUGGAGGCUGUCUGAUGACCACCUACCUACAGAUCAUCACGUGCUGGAAUACCGCAGACUCGGGGGCCCGAGUCAGUCCCCAUCCCAAGACGACGGUGAGGACAGUGGGGUCUGGAGGGCUACAGAGAGGGUGUAUGGUCCCAGCACCGUGGUGUGUGACCUGGAGCCUAACAGCCUGUACUCCUUCAGGGUCCGAACCUGCAGGAACUCCAUGUUCAGCCCCCACAGCCCUGAGGUCACCUUCCACACACCACCUGCACCUGCUUUUGGGUUCCUGUUCAAUGACAAGUGUGGCUUCAGUACGGAGCGGCUCAUUCUAAACAAGCGGCGGGACACUGUGGAGAACGUAGCAGGCAUGGCCUUCCUCCUUGCAGCAGACCGUGUGCAGACAGGCAGCUACAUCGGACUAGACUACAUAAUUGGGGACACAGGCAUCUCUCAGGGAAGACACUAUUGGGCUUUCAAAGUAGAACCGUACUCCUACAUGGUUAAAGUUGGAGUGGCCUCUGACUCAAAGAUGCUUGAAUGGUUUCAUAGUCCCAGAGAUACCAGCAGCCCAAGGUAUGACCAUGACAGUGGGCAUGACAGCGGCAGUGAGGACGCAUGCUAUGAGCUCUCCCAGCCCUUCACCCUCCUCACCCUGGGCAUGGGCAAACUCUUCAUCCCCAAGGCGUCUUCAUCCUCUUCCGGUUCCACAGCAACCGCACCGCCCAGUGACCCUGGCAACCGCGUGCUUCCCAUGCCACAACGUUUGGGCAUAUGUCUUGAUUAUGACGCGUGCCGGGUGUAUUUUUACGAUGCCGACACCAUGAGGUGCCUUUACGAGAGGCAAGUGGAUUGUUCAGGAACAAUGUAUCCGGCUUUCGGCCUCAUGGGCAGCGGCAAGGUUCAACUGGAAGAGUUCAUCGCCGCUAAGAGACUGACCUUCUGAGGAGGGAUGGAGUACGUGGAUGCAUUUGAACCUGCAUCUAUAUAAUCUUUGGCAUGUUCUGGCAAGAGCAGAUUUUAUUGACAGGGUAACGGAGAAAAAUCCAAGCUGUUUGUGACGGUCCGAUGAGGUAGAUGCGAUUGGGGCCAUGGGCUCUCUGCCAGAGAUUGGCCUAUUUAGAGUUGGCAUGUAUAAUAUAUGAUCCACACACAAGAGCAUGCCACUGACUAUUAGCGUCCACAUACAAAGGUCAUCAGUGGUUGGUAUAUGGUAUGUGACAGGUCUUCUCUACAUACCAAAGUCUCUUUAUCUGACAUGGUUUUAAUUGCCAGCUAUGAUCAGCUGUUGAUGUAGUGGAAUUGGCUGUAAAGUUAGUCCGCAGCUACUUUAAAUCUUUUUAACAUGAAACGCCUUUGAGCUUACACUUCCUCUUUUGCCAGGUUUAUGUUUAUAGAUUUUUUUAUUUUUUUUUGCGUGUGUGUAUUAAUUAUUGUGAUCUUUGGCUCUUUUCUGUAACUAUUUGUCUAACUGUAGCAGCAUAGGUUUAGAUGUAAUCUUGGUGGACCUGGGAGAGCCUUGUAGCUACUUUGAAGCUAGCGCCUUCGUGCCUUUUUCUUUAUUCUUUUUAGAAAAUGGCUCAUGUAGUUUGCUCUAGCAAGCAGAUGUUGGUGUCAUUGCACAGCGUUAUGGAAAUACUUAUCUGCAUAAAUACUGUGUUUUUACUGUUGGAUUGAUCAAAGACACUGGUGUCAAUAUUAUAACGGUUAAUAGUAUUCAUUAUGACUUGUUACUUAUUUACUCUUGACUUUAUCGCCGAAAACACUACUUAUCCUCCUCGUCAUGGUUAUGUUCAGCUGUUUUUGCACAAUACGAUGAAAGAAGCCUCGCUCAUGAUAAAAUUUACAAUCACGUUUUGAUCACUACCUAGUUAGCUUCUUCACUUUAAAUGUAGACACAGCACAUUCAUGUCUCACAGUGAUUCACUCACAAAAGCGUUCACCUUUUACUAACAUAAACAUGAAUCCUGGAGUAGUUAAAUGGAUUUAAAAGCCUCUCACUGUUUUGCACAACACUGAAUGUGACAUUCAACAUCACAAAACCAGCCAGACACCAGAACACCGUGUAUUUGUAUUCAACAUCCGUUUGACAGCUGUAAAGUCACUAAUAGCCAAAGCGUGUUGGUUCUGGUGCUGACUUAACUGCAACACACCGCUCUGUGGCCUAACAGCCUUCUAAACACAGUUUUAAAAGAAAAAAAUGCUGUUCUUCAGGUUCUUACAAAAAGUGCUAUCACAAAACACACUGUUCAGUACCUUUUACUAUCAAAACCACCGUUUACUUGUAGUGCAGACACAUAAAGUGUAGCAUAUUGGCAUGUCACUGGAGUUUUUGGCUAUCAGACAGACACCUAAGUGGUUGAUUGGCUUUGAUUAAAUCAACUCAGAGAAGACAAGACUGUUUUGCUGGGUAACCACACUUGUUUUUUGAGUAGAUGUAUACUGUGUAUGUGCCUGCACAUGGGUUUGUUUGCACCGUUUCAUGUAUAUUUUGAUUUCUGGAGGGUUAGGUUAAAUCGGUGUGUGUUUUCUCAGGUUUCUGGCCCUGAUUGGGGCCUGCUGCUUACCUACCUCUAUCUGUCAGGCCUGGGAAACCUUAACUACUGCACCUUUCCUCACAGAAACAACGUUUGGUUUGAUUUGCAGCUUUGUCCGUAACAGUCAGUUCAAUAUCUUCGCCUUCUCUUAAUGUCGGAUAAUAAGCUGAUCUUUCAAAAUGUUUGAUUUUAACUUCCAUGUACAUAUUAAUCCAGAGUAUAUUAUUUUCAGUUAAAUAAAGUACAUCUUAAAUGUUUAUUAGUUGGUGUUUGCUUGUGGACUUGACAGAGAUGUGUAUCACUAUUGGUGGAAACAAAUCUUAACCCUGUUCAGCUGCCUUUGUCAAGGGAGUGUUUUUCAAAUGGUACUAACCUUUUCUUCCUCCUUUUUUGUGGUGGUGGUUUGAUUAGUCGGUUUUAAAUGUUUGUUUAUAGAGGUGUGGAACACAUCAUUGUAUUUUUGGGGGGUUAAAAACAUUUAAUAAAUUAAAGUUGUUACAUUUAGCCGGACAGAAACGUUCUCCUGUCUCAAAAUGAAAUACUGGAUUUCUGUAAUUUGUCACGCAAGUGUUGCUGUCAGUUAUUUUCACUCUUGUCCUCAGCGGUCACAAACCUUGAUUCUUGCAUUUUAAAAUUGACUGUUUCAACAUCCUUAAAAACAUCUAUGCAUUUAUGAAUUGGCAGGAUAAGUCCACUGUUUUAUUUCCAUCACAGAAUGUAUUCCUGUUAAUUACAGAACAAACAGCUGAAUGUUCUUGUGGUGGUUUUCUUUGUUUGGGUUGUUCCACACGGGGUCACGGCACAGUUGUAUGUAGUUAUAGAAAACUGAUUAAAAGCCUUGUAAUCUCAACAUUACAUAAAAAUCACAAUGCGUACUAGCCUGCUUUUCAGUAAUGCAUUUAGAACCAAAUAUUUUGCAGGCUGGCUCUCAAUCUAAUUCCAAGCUAGCACUUUAAAAAAAACCGUAGCAUGUCAGCAACUGUUUGGCUCUACAGGUGUGUGUGUAUAAAUGUGUGUGCAAUAUUAUUAAGAUGGCUGUAGAAUAGAACAGUUUAGACAGACAAGCCUAUCAAGACAAUUUGCACUGUUAGGAGUUUAUAGUUUACUUUUGUGGUUUUUAAAUGGGCUUUUCUUUGAUACCAAGUGAAUUUUAAACUACUUGAUUUGUGACUGUUUCUUUUCCCCUUAGUAACACAACUGAACUCUAAAUUAGUGACAGUGCAUUUGUCCUUGUGUGUAUUCUCCACAGGAUUUGGAUGUGGUGUGUAAGUGGUGGGUUUCUGUAUGUGUAUUAUGUAAAGACGUGGAAAUGUUGUUCUUUGCUCUGAUUCCUGGAAACGCUACACUUUUUAAUUUGCUGUGUGGGGAUUUCAUCAAAUAAAACUAGUGUUUCUAAAGACA